CACGGUUACUGGCCACCAUCUUGCCGCUCAGACUUCUUUGCCUUUGUUCAUCCUCAAGCCCAUCUCACCAUUGCAACACGCAAGGACGGUCUACCAUCCUGGGGGUCACUCGCCAUCUCCUACUCGGCAAUGUCUCCAGCGCGCUCUAGCCUAGGUGGUGGUGCAAGCGGCGGCGGCACCGGCAGCACUCGCUCCUCGGCCACGCCUCCACGCGGACCGGACCAGUUCGAGCUGCUCUACAACUCGGCAGUGCAGUCGUUUGUACGCCGAGACCACGCAAAGACACAGGCGGCUCUCACAAAGCUCGUCAACCUCGCCCGCCAGCUCCCGCGCGACCCGACACCAUGGUACGAGCUCGAGCAGCGCGCAUCCAAGCCCGGAUCGGCCGACACUGGCUUGUCCGGCGAAGAGUGGUUGACAAAGACGCUCAAGCUGGCUAUUAGCGCCAACGCGUCACUCUACUCUGACGCGCCGAGGUCGUUUGCGUCCAUGCAGCAUCUCCUGCCCCCCGCUCAGCCGGCCGCAAUGCUCGAGUACAUCCGCCAGCUGUGCAACUCGACGUACGGCGCCGACCUGCUGCCCCCACAAAUCCUGUCGACGUUCCUGCUGGCAUCGCUCAAGCUCCAGCCAUCCGAGCCGUCGCUGGCGUUUGCACACGCCCUCGCCGAGGACUGGCUCGCCAAGCUCCCCGACGCGUUCGUGCUCGCCAUUGCGCGCGACAACCGCGGCCCGAACCGCAAGCGCAUCGAGGCGGCUCGUGAAGGAUACCUCAAGGUCAUUGAGCUUUUCGUCGGCGAGGUGCUUGGCCGUGAGGGCGAGUGGGAGAUGGCCAGAGGCCUGCUCGAGGGCGAGAUGGUCAUGGGCUCGAAGAAGAAGGAGGCUCUGUACAGGCACCUCCGUACGUUGCAGGCCAACCGGUCGGCUCCGCCGUCGCCAGCGAGCUCGGGUAUCCUCCCCUCGCCGUCCGAGUCGAGCGUGUCGACCAUGACGUCGCCGACGCCAAAGGGCAAGGGGAGGUCGCGUGCCAACUCGAACGCAACGUCGUCGAGCGAGGCGACAGCGCGUCCGGCCAAUAUUGGCGCGCUGGGUGACCUGACCGCCCGCUCGUCCCGCGCGGUCAAGGGCAAGGCGCGCGCGUCGCGUGACGAGUCGGACGCCGACUCGACCGUCCAGCCGCCCGAGAGCGAGGCGACGGCCGUCCCAAACAAGAUCUACGUGCGCCCACCCGCCGGCGGCUCGGGCUCGCACCGGCCGCGCAGCACCAACGUCGUGCUGUCGAUGCUCCCGGUGUCGCUCCAGCACCGGCUCCAGGACCUGUGGAACUCGGGCUGGUUCACCGGCACCAUACUCCCCAUACCGGCGCUGAUCAUCCUGCUGAUCGUCUACCGCCGCCGGAGAGCGGGCCGCGCCGGCGGCACCAACGUCGCGACGGUGCGCGAGCGCCUGCAGCGCGCACGCGUUCAGGGCCUCUGGCCUUGGUUUGUGUGGUGGCUCAAGUGGUGGGCUGAGAAGGUUGCCGGCGUGUGGAAGCUGGGCACGACGAUCACCUACAUGUACGCGCUCUCACAGCACCGCGUCGUCUCGUCCAUCCCCCGCGGCGCAGGCAGCACCUACAGCCACAACACGGACUCGCCCGCGCUCCCGGCCGACGGCGAGGCGGCGUCCGGAAACUGGGUGUACCCCUCCGAGCAGCAGUUCUUCAACGCCAUGGCGCGCAAGAACCACGCGCCCAAGGUCGCCGACAUGCGCACCGUCGUGCCCAUCCACAACGCCGUCAACGAGAAGGCGUGGGAGGAGAUCCUCGUCUGGGAGGCAGGCCAGGGAGGCGACGCGUGUCCCGGCGGUCCGAGGCUCAGCUCGUUUGUCGGCCGCCCGAAGGAUCUGUCGCCCAAGGCUUGGGCCAAGACUCUGGUCGGCUACACGGCCCCCUUCGACCGCCACGACUGGUACGUCGACCGCUGCGGCAAGCAGAUCCGCUACGUGAUCGACUUUUACGCCGGCAAGCCCGACCCCAAGCAGCCGCAGCGCAUGGCCUUCUAUCUCGACGUCAGGCCGGCCUUGGACGACUGGGACAGUAUCCGGACGCGCCUGAGUGGGCUGUGGCGAUAGCACCCGCGCUCUGGCGUUUAGUAACAAUAGAAUCCCACUAGCAAUAUGCAUACAACAUUACUCUAUGCUCUGUUACGAUGCUGGUGCUGCUGCGAGGCGUGCCGAGAUGGCCUCGCGCCGCGCGUCGAUGCCCGCGACGACCUUGUCCGCGAUGCCCGACCAGACCUUGGACGACGCCGUCUCGCUGUACUUGUCCAGCAGGGGAAAGUGCUCGCCGCCGGUUCCGUUGGUUCCAUUGGCACCCUCCGCGGGAGUAGCAGUCCCCUGUCCCUCGGCACCAGCGCCGGGAACGUCGCCCUUGGACACUGCGUCCAGCAGCGCAACGAGCUGCGUGUCGAUCGGCACGCGACCAAGGAAGUCCAGUCCCUCGCGCUCAGCCAUCUUCUCGCCGCCGCCACGGCCAAACGUGUCGCUAAUCUCGCCGCAGCACGGGCAGACGUACCCCGACAUGUUCUCGACAAAGCCAAUGACGGGCAGCGCGAGCUUGCGGGUAAAGCUCAGCGACUUGAGGGUAUCGUUGAGCGCCGUCGUCUGGGGCGUGGAGAUGAGGACCGCGGCUGGGGUCGUGGGCCGCUCGGCGUUGGGGAUGAACAGCGGGUGGAGGUGGGUAAGCAGCGAGAUGUGCUCGUCCGACGUGCCGGGCGGCGUGUCGAUGACGAGGUAGUCGAGGUCGCCCCAGCGCACCUCGGACAAGAACUGGCGGAUCAUGCCGUCCUUCUUGGGGCCGCGCCACACGAUCGAGUCGCCACGGUUGGCGAGCAAAAACCCAAUGCUCAUGACGCCGAGCCGGCGCUCCUUGUCAACGUAGACGGGCACCCAGCCCGCCGACGACUGGUGCACGCUCGCCUCGGGCACGUCGAGGCCGACCAUGCGCGGGAGGGACGGGCCGGUCAGGUCGAGGUCGAGCAGGCCGACGCGUGCCGUCGGCGAAGUGUUGAGCAGGGACAGCGCGAGCUGCACGCUCGAGGACGACUUGCCGACGCCGCCUGGGGGUCAGUCAGUUCAAGGAGAUAGCCAUUACGCA